AAUGGAUGUAAUGUCACUGUUAAAUUCCUCAUCGGUUCCUGCCUCACUUGUCCACCUUGACCGAGUUCGCGCAUCGACCAGUCGCAAGCGAAAGUGAAAGUAGAAACAGGAAAUAGACGUGGAUCUCGUAGGCUGAAGCGCGGUCAACUCACCGGCGCCGAUCACUGGGUUUACACAGCGCCAAACAUGGGAAGCAAUUUUUCGAAGGACGGCUGUUUUCACUUCCCAACCAUGGACGAGCGGAAUCUGAACACUCUAAGGAACUACUUAUGUAACUACAACCCCCCUCAGGGCUGUGUGGACUAUAUAAACAUCCUGCUGUUCGGCAUGGUGGGGGCUGGAAAAUCAUCGACCAUCAACACAUUCCUCUCCGCUCUGGAUCCACAAGGAGCGACCAUAACCUGUGUCCCGACAGGAGACAGUCCCGGGUCUCUCACACCAGAGCUCAGGUCCUACAGAGCAGGGUGUUUAAAGUUUUGGGAUACAGCUGGAUGGAACUCUCUGGAGAACAGUGAUCGGACAAAGAGAGUGUUACAGAUGAUCCUGGAAGGGAGAGUUCCCAAAGAAACAAACUUAAAGCAUUUCAACCCUGACUCGGAUGUCUCCAACUAUCCCAUUAUUCGGGAAAAUGUAAUUCAUGGAGUGGCAUUCAUUUUUGACAUCAACACCAUGGACAGCAUCAGUGCCGAUAAAAUGAAAGAGUUUCAGGAGUUACAGACGGUUGUGGCACAGAAAUAUGUUCACAGGGUUGUGAUUGGGACCAAGUUUGAAUUAUUACAGAUACCAGAGAAAUACAAUGCAAGGAUUUAUGAAUAUAAGCUACUGCAGCAGAAGUUUGAGACGUUGGCAGAACAUACUGGGAUGGAAAGGCGUUCCAUGUUUGUGGUUUCGAAUCAGUGGAGAGGUGAUCAGAUCGAGAUGAUAAGAUGCAUCCUGGCCCUAUAUGUUCUGGAUAAUAUGGUCAGAAACAUUGACCGAUUUCUCAAAGCAGUGUAAUGAUCACAGCUGACCUUGUCCAGUGCUGUGAAUUCAAUCCAAUUUCAGGAGCACAGACACUGCUGUGGGAUUGAUGUUUUUAUUGUUUUCCCUGUAGCUUUAGCAUUAUUUAUGCAUGUUUAUAUAUUUGCACAAUCACCUGUUUGUAUGUAGACUUUUAGUAACUUCUUGUACAAUUGGUUCCAUUCUUCUGUUUGUAUCUGCUGAAAGGGUUUCUCAAAUAAACUGGCUCAGCCCACUUGGCAGAAUAAAAGCA